AUGGGUAAUACUAUAUCUGUAGACAAGGAUUUUGAUAUUAAAGAUAUUUUUCCCACAUGUAUAGAUGAUAAUUAUAAGGCUACAAAUAAUAAUACACAGGAUCAAGAAGAUCAAGAAGAUCAAGAGCAUCAAAUGCAUCAAGUAGAUCAAAAGGAUAAGGUUGACUAUAAUGCACUGUGCACAAAAAUAGAUGAUAUAAUAGUGAAUUCGAAUAAAACAUUUAUAGUUUCUUGCACAGAAAUUAUCAAAUAUUUAAAACACAUCAAAGACAAACCAUCUGAUAAAAUAGAAGCAUCAUGUAAAUAUUUGAGCUACAAGCUGAAAUAUGAACUAAAAUUAAGUAAACCUUCUUGUUCGGGGAAAAAAAAUGCAGAAAAUAAUGAUAAGGUUCUAUUUGACAUAUGCAAGGACCAUGUUGUUGAUAUUAGUGAUAGUACAUAUUAUAUUAUGGGUAUAUUAAAAGAAUUGUAUGAGUAUUGUUUAUUUUUAACUGAUUAUCCUGAUAAUUGUGACUAUGGUGUUGAAUGCUAUAAAUUUUAUAGGGAGCUCCUAUUAAUAAGUCAAAAUAGCAAUAACAGAAGUUUUAGUGAAGUUUUGGAAAAAUUUAAAGAUAAAUAUAACUUAGAAAUGCAAAAAUGGUCUGGAUGCAAAAACGUUCCUAAAAUCCUGUAUUCCUAUUAUGGAAGAUAUUCGCACAAGGCUUUUAUAGCUUCAUUCCUUGUAGUUACUGUUAUAUCAAUAACUACAUUUAUUUUAUAUAAGUAUACAAAAUAUAGUAUAUACUUACAACCAUUUAUAAUGAGGCUACAGAGUUUGUGGUGCAAACAAAAUGAAGCAAACAAAUUAUGCAAUUUAUUUGAAAAAGAAAACACAAAGUUAACUCAUAUGUAUAACAUACUAUAUAAUGCUGUAGAAUAA